AAACAGAACACCCACCCACACUUAGCAUUCUCAUAGCCACAUGUAGAGAUCUAGCUAUAAGCAACAAAAUCAAUGCAUAAAAAGCAUAACUCUUAAAGACAAGAAAAAUAAACGAAGAGCCUCGAUCAAAAUGGAAGGGCGAUUCAGAACACAACAGAGAAAAUCCAUCUAGCUUCCCUUGAGAAUAAAACUUAGCAUCAAUCGCCUUUCUACAAAAUUUCGUUCUUCUGAUAGAUCAAUACGUCGUUGUAGACGAACCAGAAUCAAACAUCCACUGCCGAUCCCGUUCUACCAGAUCCGUCGCUUCUCUAGUGAUCUCGAAUCAUUGUUCCGACACCACUGAAAAUUUAGGCAUUUACAACUUUCCUGAGUUGUCACCCUUCUAAGUAAGUUUAUUUUCAUCAACCAAAUGAGACAGCGAGAUGCACUUAAUUGCUGCAGCGUCUUCUACAUUAAACACUCUGCUAGGAAGCCAACUGUCCCUCCAGAUCAAUAUGUUCAUACAGAGCCCACACUCCAACACACUUCGUCCUCUAGAAGUUUUUUUGCUGCAAAAAUGCUUCUCCACAUAUAUGAUGGGUCAAGAGAAACGAGAUUCAAGUCGCGAUCGAGGAAAAGAAAAGAUUGUGGACUAAAUUGCAAAAUUUUUAUAUUUUGGUACCAAGUUUUGAACAAGCCAGCUCGGGAAUCGGGACGGGUCGAAGGUUCGAUCACACUAUCCAAAGGACUUUCAUCUGGGUAAAUGGCUUGUAAAACUUAAGUAUGGCAUGUAUAGCAAUAUACUUAUUUUGUGUAAAUAAUUUUAUGAUAUGGCCAUGAUUGGUUGGGAAAA